UGCCCGGCCGCCACCGCACACCGCACCUGCUAGCCAGCAACCUCGCGCAGCUCUCGGCGCAAUGGACCCGGCGUUGGCCGCGCAGAUAAGCGAGGUGGUGGCGGAGAAGAUGCUCCAGUACCGGCGAGACGAGUCAGGAUGGAAGAUUUGCCGGGAAGGCAACGGAGUUUCAGUUUCCUGGAGGCCGUCUGUGGAGUUUCCAGGGAACCUGUACCGAGGAGAAGGCAUUGUGAAUGGGACACCAGAGCAGGUGUGGGACUGUGUGAAGCCACUUGCUGGGACCCUACGAGAUAAGUGGGAUGAGAAUGUGAACAGUUUUGAAAUUAUCGAAAGCAUCACUGAUACACAGUGCGUCAGCAGGACCACCACCCCCUCGGCCGUCAUGAAGCUCAUCUCUCCCAGAGACUUUGUGGACCUGGUGCUGGUCAAGACGUAUGAGGAUGGGACCAUCAGUUCCAAUGCUACCAGUGUGGAGCAUCUGUUAUGUCCCCCAAAGCCAGGUUAUGUGAGAGGAUUUAACCAUCCUUGUGGUUGCUUCUGCGGACCUCUGCCAGGGGAGCCCAACAAGACCAGCCUUGUCACGUUCUUCCAGACCGACCUCAGCGGUUACCUUCCGCAGGGCGUGGUGGACUCCUUCUUUCCCCGCAGCAUGGCCGGGUUUUACGCCAACCUCCAGAAAGCAGUGAAGAAAUUCUACGGCUGACAUCCUGGCUGGUGGGCCGAGAACUGCCAUGACUCGUGCGGAACUGCCAUUGUUGGGACGCAGCUGGAGAGCCUGGGAGAACACGGGCUCCAGUGGAACCGCUCUACCUUUGGAACCCACCAAUGACCAGACAUCAGCCAGAGGCAGCCCUGGCCCCUCCUGCGCCUCCUUCCACUUGGGUGGGGCUGCCAUUUCCCAAGCACCCCUCCUCCAGCAGGGUGGCCCCCCAAGCCCCCCGGCCACUGGACAGGGACUCUGCCCGGGCACCGUGCGAUGCUCGCGGGUCCAAAGCCUUUCUGUGCCGAUCACUCUCAGAGACCACGUCUCCCCGUUUGUUGAGAAGAAUCACCAUCAAUCCCGAGAACCUGGCCCAGCCCCUUGGUAGCAUUCGCGCUCUCAGUCCUGCGCCACAGAUCCCCGGAUAUGCCAGACUUUCCCCCUUAAAAGACGUCAGCUUGGCAAAAUGAUGCUGAGAAAAUGAGUUAAGCAUUCAGGAGAAAACACUUUCAAUACUCCUUUUGUUGUCUCUUCUGUUCAAAUCAUUUUUCUCUCUUUUUCCCCCUGCAUGAGUUAGCGUUCAGGCGCCCCCGGGAAACCAGGCCGUUUGAACCUGCCCAGGCAGCGCUCUGGAAUUGAUUCUGGGCUCAGGGCACCUACAAGGGGAACUUGGAGGAGAGCCUCCUCUCCCCUGGGCAUUUGCCGGUUCUUGUGUUCUGUUAUAGAAGAUGGAACAGGAGUCCUCUGGCCUCCAGGACCUGGUGAGCCCGUACUGCUGUCAGCGGGAAGGACAGAAGAGCAGAUGCCCCACCCCCAGCAGUGCUGGCUAAAAUCGCCCCCAGGCCCUGCUGCAAGAUGAAACGACCCCGAACGGGCUAUGCCCAGCCCGGUGCAUCGUCGGAACCAGGGAGCACGGCCUUGCCACCUGGAAGGGGCUUCACAGCCACACGACUCCCUGUCCUUCUCUCCGGUCAGGGCCACACAGUCCUGUGUGGAAUCCUCCAACAUUCCCUCACGAGCUCCUCCAUGGGCCCACCAACUUGCUGGUGAGGGAGGCCCACGUGUGUUUGACCAGAGUGCCCUCGUAUUGCAGUUUCUCAGGUUACCAGCACCCUGUGCAGAAAAUUUCCAGAGUCCUCAGCCUUUGCGCCUCCAGAUGGAAAACGUUCUCCUCGUAUCAGAGUAUCUUGCUUCCCCCCUUUGAGUCCUGGGGUGCCUGUCUUCUGAAUGUGCCGAGGUCUGAGCAAGCUUUAAAACAUGAAAGUUCAGUGUCAGGGGGUUAGAAAGCCUUCUUUCUGGGCUCUAAUGCAGCUGCAGAUCCCACAAUCAUGCCAUGAAGAUCAUCCCCCAACUCCCUCUUCUCAUCAAGAAAUCUUCACAGGACUCUCCUGUUGCGGAGCACAGGCUCCGGACGCGCAGGCUCGGCGGCCAUGGCCCACGGGCCCAGCCGCUCCGCGGCAUGUGGGAUCUUCCCAGACCGGGGCACGAACCCGUGUCCCCUGCAUCGGCAGGCGGACUCCCAACCACUGCGCCACCAGGGAAGCCCUCCAGGACUCUUAUAUGUACUUAGAUUUCAUUCAUUCAUUCGCCAAGAACUUAAUGGGUCCUUACCUUGUGCCAGACGUCGUUCGGUAUCAACUCAUCACAAUUUGAUCUCCCAAACCCAGCCAAUUCUGGGCACGCCAGCCCAGGAGACCCAGGAAGGUGGUGGUCGUACCAAGAUGGAGCCACCUGUGCUGCCCCAUCUGGCCAGGAGGGGAGGUCAGCCUCCCAAGAACACGUCUCACUGGGCCCACUGCAUGGACUGCACCUGCACUGCUCCUACGUGCAUCUGCUGGCAGUGGGUCAAACUGGUUUGAGCACUGGACCGAGUCAGAAAACGUGCAAGUGGUCCCAUCCCUGCCAGUUAGAAAUGAUGCCCUCAGACAGUCACUUAACACUCCUGUGCUUUGGCUUCCUGUCUUUAAAGAAAAUCUGGGGACAUGAAUACCAGUCCUGGGGUAGCCUGCUUAAGAGUCCAUGCAGAUGAGAUGAUGAUGGUGAAUCAGUGAGAUGCUGUACAAAGCCAGGAACGAGGGCUGCCUGGGAGAGACUCUUGGAUGGACUCAUUUCCCUGGAGAGUUAAAGUAGAUCCGGGAUUGUUGUUUGUGUGUUUGCGGUGUUGGGGAUGACGGGAAUCAUUGUUUGCAAAGGCGCUCUUUUCUCUGCCUGCUGUCAGCUCUGAAGAAGGUGGCCAAGGCGCACUAAACCUCACCUGUAAACUGCAGCAUCGUGACGCUCAAAUGGAUGGGCUUUUGUUUUAGAACCUUCUUGCUGAUUCUUUUUUUUUUUUUUAAUAAAUUUAU